UCAUUCACAACGCAAAUAUCAAUUGUCCAGUAUCAGCUUACUUAUCAGUCAUUGCUGGAAGUGAUCUUAAGUUACUAAGCUCAUAGAUCUCCCCUGGUCACGGUCUGUGCACGAAUAGAGACCGGACAUUCAUCGGAUGCAUCUAGGCGAAGGAGGGCAAGGAAACGUGGGAGUUGAAGAUCAACAUCCAUGGCGGUCACCAUUGAUCACUGCAACGGAAGAGAAUAUUUCCCCUCCAACAUCUAUGUAACCUCUCGAGUUUGAGCUGAAGAUUCGGUUUGCCUAGUGGACGAACUCUUCCUCUCACCGUUUGAAGACAAUCCCCGAGAUUGGUUCGGUAUGGAGCGCGACUCGAAGAAAUCCGAUUCGAGUCUCUCUAAAGGUUUAUUACAGAGCGAAGAGUUGUAUCAGUAUAUCCUCGACACGAGUGUCUACCCAUGGGAACCGGAGGUUCUCAAGGAGCUGAGAAAGGUUACUGCUACCCACCCGAGGGCACAAAUGGCAACUGCACCAGAUGCAGGUCAGAUGAUUGCGCUGCUGUUGAACCUUAUUGGUGCUAAAAGAACCAUUGAGAUCGGAGUCUUUACUGGAUACUCUCUUCUCGUCACAGCUCUUUCAAUCCCUCAUGAUGGAAAGAUAACAGCAGUAGAUAUGAACCGCGAGGCUUAUGAUAUCGGGUUGCCUGUCAUCAAGAAAGCUGGUGUGGAACACAAAAUUGACUUCAUGGAAUCAGAGGCGCUCCCAGUUCUUGACAAGCUACUCGAAAAUAAAACAAAUGAGGGGAGUUUUGAUUUUGCCUUUGUCGAUGCCGAUAAGGUCAAUUAUUGGAACUACCAUGAGAGGCUGAUGAGACUGUUGAGGGUAGGCGGAGUGAUCUGCUAUGAUAAUACACUAUGGGGAGCAACAGUAGUGAUGCCUGAAGAAUCAGUCCCUGAAUGGAUGAAAGUGGGAAAGCACUGGACACUCGAGUUCAAUGAAAAGCUCGCAUUUGACUCGAGAGUGCAGAUCUGUCACGUCCCACUUGGUGAUGGGGUCACAAUAUGCAGGCGCGUCAGCUAAACAUUUUGAGUGUUGUGGUGCCUUCAAAACACUGUGGACUCUGCUGCAGAGCAAGCGACCGCAGAUCUCUCAGCCACCGAUGAAUGACAAAUAAGCUGGGACUCUUCUGUUGGUCAUAUAAGGCAAAAAACAUCAUUGAUCAAGCCCAUUACGAUGGGUUUUUUUUUUUUCAUGUUUUCAGUAUCUUUUGAAUUGGAAAAGGAAUUGAAAUAUGCAAAUUCUCCUGAAA